CGGUCUGAAGCCAAGGCAAGGCAGUAUCGCUUUACGGCGAUUUGAGGGUUUCGAAUUUCUUCGCCAUUUCGGUAUGUUACAAUCUUUGUAUCAUCUUCAUUUCUAAUCUUACGCUUAGUUUUUUAUUGUUUCUGUUGUUUGUUCUCCUUUGUCUCGAUCUGAAUCGUUACAGAAUUGUAUAGUGGAAGCUUCAGAUGUAUGUGAUUGGGUAUAAAGUCUGAGAAAUAUUGAUUUGGAACGGUUUUUUUUUGUCCUUAUUUGUUUUGGGGAGUUUUGAUUUGUAAGAAUGGGGUUGUUUAGAGCUGGUUCUGCUUUGGCAAAGGUUGCCAUUAGGAGAACUUUGGCACAGGGAGGAGGAUCGUAUGCUGCGAGAUCACGUAUUAUUUCGUCUCAGAAUCGAUAUUUUCAUACGACGGUUUUUAAGUCCAAAGCACAAUCUGCGCCAGUGCCUCGCCCUGUGCCACUUUCGAAGCUAACUGAUAGCUUUCUGGAUGGGACGAGCAGUGUGUAUUUGGAGGAGCUUCAAAGGGCUUGGGAGGCUGACCCCAACAGUGUUGAUGAGUCGUGGGAUAAUUUCUUUAGGAAUUUUGUGGGUCAGGCUGCAACGUCUCCUGGUAUUUCAGGCCAGACAAUUCAAGAGAGUAUGCGUUUGUUGUUGCUUGUCAGGGCUUACCAGGUUAAUGGUCAUAUGAAAGCCAAGUUGGAUCCAUUGAAUUUGGAAGAAAGAGAAAUCCCAGAAGAUCUGGAUCCUGCACUUUAUGGAUUUACAGAUGCUGAUCUUGAUAGGGAAUUCUUCCUUGGUGUGUGGAGGAUGGCUGGCUUUUUAUCAGAAAAUCGUCCAGUGCAGACUCUCAGAUCAAUAUUGACCCGCCUUGAGCAAGCUUACUGUGGGAGUGUUGGAUAUGAAUAUAUGCAUAUUGCAGACCGUAAUAAAUGUAACUGGUUGAGAGACAAGAUUGAGACCCCAACACCAAUGCAGUACAAUCGACAACGCCGAGAAGUGAUUCUUGAUCGUCUUAUAUGGAGCACACAGUUUGAGAACUUCUUAGCCACUAAGUGGACUACAGCAAAAAGAUUUGGACUUGAAGGUGGUGAGACUUUGAUUCCGGGAAUGAAGGAGAUGUUUGAUAGGGCUGCAGAUCUUGGAGUUGAGAGCAUUGUUAUUGGAAUGCCUCACCGUGGAAGACUAAAUGUUUUGGGUAACGUCGUUCGGAAGCCUCUUAGGCAGAUCUUUAGUGAGUUUAGUGGUGGUACAAAGCCUGUGGAUGAAGUUGGACUUUACACUGGGACUGGUGAUGUCAAAUAUCAUUUGGGUACAUCCUAUGAUCGACCAACUAGAGGUGGAAAACAUAUUCAUCUUUCUUUGGUUGCAAAUCCAAGUCACUUGGAAGCUGUUGAUCCAGUUGUUGUUGGAAAAACUAGAGCGAAGCAGUAUUACUCCAAUGACAUUGAAAGGAUCAAGAAUAUGGGUGUUUUGAUUCAUGGUGAUGGUAGCUUUGCUGGACAAGGUGUGGUGUAUGAAACUCUACAUCUUAGUGCUCUUCCUAACUACACCACUGGAGGAACAAUACACAUUGUCGUGAAUAAUCAAGUGGCUUUUACUACCGAUCCUAGGGCUGGAAGAUCAUCGCAAUAUUGCACUGAUGUUGCCAAAGCUUUAGAUGCACCUAUUUUCCAUGUCAAUGGUGAUGACAUGGAGGCUGUUGUCCAUGUUUGUGAGCUUGCUGCAGAAUGGCGCCAAACCUUUCAUUCAGAUGUCGUUGUUGAUUUGGUUUGUUAUCGUCGGUUUGGACACAAUGAGAUUGAUGAGCCAUCCUUCACACAACCUAAGAUGUAUCAGGUCAUAAGGAGUCAUCCUUCAUCUCUUGAGAUCUACCAGAAAAAGCUCUUAGAAUCUGGGCAGGUGAGUCAGGAGGAUAUCAAUAACAUACGUGAUAAGGUUAAUAAAAUCCUGAAUGAAGAAUUUUUGGCGAGCAAAGAUUAUGUUCCAAAGAGAAGAGACUGGCUUUCAGCAUAUUGGUCUGGUUUCAAGUCACCUGAACAGCUCUCAAGAGUUCGGAACACCGGAGUUAAACCAGAGAUACUAAAGAAUGUUGGAAAAGCUAUUACUGUAUUUCCAGAUAAUUUCAAGCCCCACAGAGCAGUCAAGAAAGUUUACGAACAAAGAGCACAGAUGAUUGAAACAGGAGAAGGCAUUGACUGGGCACUUGGUGAAGCCCUUGCUUUUGCCACUUUGCUUGUGGAAGGCAACCACGUCAGAUUGAGUGGCCAAGAUGUCGAGAGAGGUACCUUUAGUCAUCGACAUUCUGUUGUGCAUGAUCAAGAAACAGGGGCAAUCUACUGUCCUUUGGACCACGUUAUCAUGAAUCAGAAUGAGGAGAUGUUCACUGUAAGCAACAGUUCUCUUUCAGAGUUUGGAGUUCUUGGAUUUGAGUUGGGUUAUUCAAUGGAAAAUCCUAAUUCAUUGGUAAUCUGGGAAGCUCAAUUUGGUGAUUUUUCAAAUGGCGCUCAAGUUAUAUUUGAUCAAUUCUUGAGCAGUGGUGAAGCAAAGUGGCUGCGGCAGACAGGGCUUGUUGUGCUGCUUCCUCAUGGCUAUGAUGGCCAGGGCCCUGAACAUUCGAGUGCGAGGUUGGAACGUUUCCUUCAGAUGAGCGACGACAAUCCUUUUGUUAUUCCGGAGAUGGAUUCUACCCUUAGAAAGCAAAUUCAGGAAUGCAACUGGCAAGUUGUGAAUGUUACAACUCCCGCCAACUAUUUCCAUGUUCUGCGGAGACAGAUACACAGGGAGUUCCGCAAGCCCCUAGUUGUGAUGGCCCCUAAGAAUCUGCUUCGACACAAGGAUUGUAAAUCUAAUUUGUCCGAGUUUGAUGAUGUUCAAGGUCAUCCAGGCUUUGACAAGCAGGGAACCAGAUUUAAGCGCCUUAUAAAGGACCAGAACAAUCACUCUGAUCGUGAAGAGGGUAUUAGACGGCUAAUUCUUUGCUCUGGAAAGAUUUACUAUGAGCUUGAUGACCAGCGAACUAAGGCAGAUGGAAAGGACGUUGCAAUAUGUAGGAUUGAACAACUUUGCCCCUUUCCUUAUGACCUCAUCCAGCGGGAGCUGAAACGAUAUCCAAAUGCCGAGGUUGUCUGGUGCCAGGAGGAACCAAUGAACAUGGGUGCAUUUACCUACAUUUCUCCCCGUCUUGCCACUGCCAUGAGGGCUCUUGGAAGAGGCACAUCAGAAGACAUUAAAUACGUCGGUCGUGCUCCAUCGGCUUCUACAGCCACUGGAUUCUAUUCGGUUCACGUAAAGGAACAAACCGAGCUGGUGAAGAAAGCAUUGCAGCCUGAACCUAUCAAGAACGCCUUCUGAAAACAUUCUUAGCUGGAUGACUUUGGAAUUUCUACUGAAUAAUCUCGAAAUGGUAAUGCUUCUAAAGAAAUCACAUGAUAAUGAACAGACCUGAAAGCUGAAGUUUUAGUGGUCUGAAUACCCUACCCCUUGAUUUUUGCAUGGAGUGUGAUGCGAGCAUUAUCCACUAAGACCAAUUUUUUAAUUGAGAUUUUCUUUUUUGUUGUUGAUAUGUCAAUGAUAAUAGCUUUUUGUGGUUGGAUUAACAGAGGUUGGGUAUAUACUUUGUUCAAUAAUUGCAGAAAGACUUAAUCUGCACAGUUUUCCACUCACCAAUGAAAGUAGUCUUUGUUUUUUGUUUCUGUCCCAAGUGCGAUCAUGGACAAUUGAUCCCAAAUCUUUGAUGCUACACUUUCGAUUAUACUUUAA